GAUGUUAUGCAUCAGGCUAGAUUUUUAGACAUGUCAAAACAGGGGAACUGUUACAAAAGAGAAUGGGAAGCCAAAAGACCAUGGAUUAGAGCGGCCAGUGAUGCCAAGAAAGCGUUUUGCACAAUAUGUUGUCGAGAAAUAACUAUUAACCACGGUGGCUGGAAUGAUUUAACUCGCCAUGAAGCGACAGGCAUACACAAAAAGGCUGUCCUAGCAAAAAGAAUCGUCAAAAAGGGCAGAUUCUUCAUCACAUCCGUCCCUGAAAUGGACAACAUAGCUGAAAGUGCAGACUGCACAGUUGAAUGUAACGGGACUGAUGAAGGCUUGUAUGUUGCUAAAAAGAUGCGCUUGAGCAAUAAAACCAAAGCGGAGAAAAUCUUGGGACCAAGAAGCGCUGUGGGGGAAGUACCUGAGCUUUCUGCUGCUCAUGAGCCGGCAUCUUCCUUGCGUAUGUGGGUCCCACCUCUGAGGCUACUGUCAGCGUCCAUUUGGCAAGUGGUCCAGCAGCGCCAAGUCGAGUCCUACAACAGGGUGGAAGAGUUUGUAUCUAUUGUUUUGGAAUUGAUCCCUGAUCUACUGAGCACUGAGGAAAAGAUUGAACUGCUUCUUGGACUGAGAACGAAGUUAAUUUUAGAACUAUGUCAUGAUGAUCCAUUAGUAACACUUCAGAUGAUGCAGCCACAUCUUCAAAGAGUCUCAAGAAUUGCUGAAAGCUUCCUCAGUGAUGAUGAUGAUGAUGAGGAGAUGGGCAAGACAGUAGAUGCUGCUGUGAGGAACUUUGUUGAUCUCAUCCAGGCCCUUGUGAAGAGCCCUGAGUAUAGAAGACAUUACUUCCAGGACACCUACCCAUUGCAUUAUGGCCAGAGAUUUGACACAGCUCUGCAGGCGCUGGUGGAGGCAUUCCUGUCCAGAUUGGAAAGGUUACUAGCAGUGCCAAGCUUCUAUCAGGUUGCCGCUUGGUUUCAUGAAGAGCCUUUGCUCCUGGAGGAUUUUCUACAGGUGGUUGAAGACCCAAAGCCCCUUCAUGUGUUUUUAGAUCACUGCAGACAUUUGACACGUCGGAACUCAGGGCCCUCAUCACCACCCAUGGGUAACACUAUUCUAUCCACACUAUCUGACUCUCCUGAUGUGCAAAAAGUCCUUAAUGCUUGUGAACAAGAGGAGAAAUGCUUGCCAUUGCUUCAUGAACCCCAAAGAUCCCAGAAUGAGUCAGACUCACAUGGUGACUCAAACGACUGGCGUGGAGGUGGCGAUGAAGGAGACUCACAGAUCGACUCUGAUGAAGCACAGAAUGACACCAAUCAACACGACAAAUAUAAUGACCCAGAACAGAGCAGCCAAACAUCAUUCAGUGAAACAGAAGUGAAUGAGACCAAUACAUUAAAUGCCUGCAAGACUGCCGGUGAGAAAAUUGUAAAUAUCAAGAGCGAGGGGGAGGACCCACCAUCUACAGGAGAAGAGAAUGUAGUAUCCCCCGAAGUGCAAGGCAGCUUACACAAGGUGGCUGUCUGCCCAGCAAAAAUGGAUUAUGGUGCGUUAAGGUGCACUGAAUGUGGCAAAGCCUACUUGUAUGCACAGUGUCUAAACAAACACAUGAAAACUCAUAAAAAACUGAGUGCUGGGGAGAUUGCUGUAAAUAACAAGAAUGAGGAAAAGGGUCUAGCUUCCUCAGAAAAAGGAGAUGGAUUAUCCCCCAGCACAGAAGGCAGCUUGUACAAGGUGGGUAGUUGUUCAGACAGGACAGACGAUGGGCCAAUAUGGUGCACUGAAUGUGGCAAAGUCUGCGUGUGUGAGGAUAGUCUGAACAGACACAAGAAGACCCAUACAAAACGGAGUGCUGAUGAGACGACUGCAAAAAAGAAGAAUGAGUCGAGAGACCCACCAGCGACAGGAGAAGAUGACGGAUCUCCUCCCACUGUACAGCAAGAGGUGACUGGCCACCCAAAUCAAACAGAUGACGGCAAAUUAAGGUGCGACGAAUGUGGAAAAGUCUACUUGUAUGCACGCUGCCUGAAUAAACACAAGAAAAUCCAUACGAAACAGAGCAAUGCAUCACAAAACUGUGGAACUGAGCAAGAUGAUGCAGCGACAUGUUCGCCACCACAGUAUGCAUGUUCCAAAUGUGACAAAGUCUUCAGGCACAAAAAUUGCCUUAAAACUCAUCAGGCAAUUCACACAGGGGAGAGACCUCAUCUAUGUUCUUACUGUGGCAAGACAUUUAAACUAAAAGGUACUUUACAAGAGCACACAAGAAUCCACACAGGGCAGCGCCCAUAUGAGUGUUCAAUAUGUGGAAAGCGGUUCGCCCAGCAUUCAAAUCUGGUCAGUCAUAAGCGAUUACACACGGGUGAAAAACCCUACUUGUGUUCUUUCUGCGGUAAAGCUUUUCCCACUUCAGGAGCAUGUUUGAUUCACACAAGGACUCAUACUGGAGAACGUCCAUACAAAUGUGAAUUUUGUGACAAGACUUUCACAAUGUCAUGCCGUCUGGUUGCACACAGGAGAAGCCACACAAAGGAGAAACCUUACCCCUGCACUUUGUGUUCAAAACGGUUUCGCCAGCAAGUUCAGUUAAAGAGACAUAUGCGGACACACACAGGGGAGAAACCGUAUGAGUGCUUGGUGUGUGGAAAGAAGUUUUCAGUGCGAUUCAAUAUGAAAAUUCAUCAACGUGUUCAUAAUACAUAGUGGAUGAUAUAAAUAAUAGGGCUGCACGAUUAUGGAAAAAAUUACAAUCAUGAUUAUUUGGAUCAGUAUUGUAUACGUGAAGAAACACUUGUCUUAUUAUUUCAAGUAGUACUUGUGUGACGGAGGUCAUCUUGCACCUGUUCACCCCCCUCGGGGAUCGAACGUGCGACCUCGUCAACUACAACGGUUCGGCAAUGGGAGACACAGUACGAUACCGCUGGGCCAAGAGACUAGUCUCUCGGCCCAACGGCACGAGACUGUAUGAAGCUAUCGGAGGGAGGUUUACCAACGUUCCACGCCAACUCUGUGCUAGUUAGCCUCCGUUACACUUGUAAGCCCACGGCAAGCGCAAGUGAACGGCUUUUUGUAGCCCGUCACUAAAACAGUAUUAUUCUCAGCCCUCAAAUCACCAGAAGCAAAUUAAUUCACUAUGGUAGACUGUCAAUAUGGCCUACAGACGAACCUACAGAUUUUUGGCCAGAAACAACAGCUUCAACAUUUUCUGGCUUCAAGGACACCAGAGGGUACCGUAGGUCAAUAUGUUGCCCCCGGUACAAUUGUGAUUAAAUCACAAUUUUAUUUUUUUUAUAUUGUUGCGGCCAAAAUCUAGAUUUUUGAUUAAUUGUGCAGCCCUAAUAGAUAAUGUACAUACUAGUAUCUGGAUCUGAACAGCAAAUGGUAAGGUGAUUUCUUCUUAACAGUUUUGUACUUUGCAUUACUUUCAUGCAUCGUAAGCACUUACUAUUGUUUCUUAGUCUGAGCAAACUCACAAAUAAUAAUACGAGAACAUCAUCUAGAGACGACUGCAUCAGUGUGUUUAGGAAGUCCACUUUUGGACAAAGUGCCUUCUCAGUAAAAACAUCAGGGCUAUGGAAUAGUAUUCCUGUAAAUAUCAGGCAAAGCAACACACUUAGUAGUUUUAAAUCAGGUCUUAAGAAAUGUCUAAAAGCGGGGCAGCACCGUGGGCAUUUUUAGUCAUUGAUCUUGUGUUUUGUUUACUUUAUCAUUUGUAGGUUUUUUUGUUUCUUUAGUUUAUCUUUUUAAUGAUGUUUGCUUGGCCAUAUAGUAUCAUGUAGGCAUAUUUGCAAAUAGUGCACCCAUUGUACUGUUGUCAAUUUUUUGUAUUAUUAUUACUGUCUUGGGACUACAGAUGAAAAUUAGAUUCAUGGCUAUAAUCUGGCUCAAUUGUAUGUUGUGCACUGUCCCUGUCAAAUAAACAAUAAAUGAAUGAAGAAGCAAACAAGUAAAUAAAUAAUAUGAUAAUAUAGAUCAUGUUGUAAUGAGAUGUGUUUGAUUUUGGUAUAUGUACAUUAU